CUCAUUCACCAUAUGGCAUAUAUCGAUACACUCAAUUUUAUGAUUUUCAAGCACCAGAUUAUAUACUUAACAUUCGCCUUCCAACUUCGAGAAUUAAUAAAACGCUGAUUCGUCGGAAUGAAAAAAAUGACAUUGCCAAUUUUCUUCCAAAUAUUCGUUAUACUUUGGUGUUUCAGUAAUUAUCCGGUGGCAGUAUAUUCCGAAAAUGCUUUGGUUUACAAUUGGAAGUAUAAGAAGAUCGACGAAUUGAAGUUAGACAACGAAACAUGCCAAUAUUGCAUAACCGCCUGUCCACCUUCUUCAGAUCUUGAAGAAAAAUUCGACCAGAAUGAUUCAGUCGCUAGAAUGGGAAGCAGUCUAUUUCUUAAAAAAAUAUAUCCAGAUAAUGUACACAGGAGAGAUAUGGAAGUGGACAUUUGUAAUGAAUCAUUCAAACCAGUAAUGAUUUGGGAUACGAAGGAAAUACUGCACAGGAUUGGAUACGAGCUUUAUUAUAACGAAGAACAGAAACAAGGAUCGCAAUUCGAAUUAAAAUGCGACAAGCACGACGAGUUCAGAAGAAUCGUUGAUGGAAAGCCACAUAUACUAAGACCAUUUCCAACCAGCCAGAACGUCAGCAUGCACAAAGAUAAAGAUAAUAAGAACACAGUGUUUGAAAUACAGUUAGAUGGAGUAAACCAAAAACUGGUAUUUUACUGGUUACCAGUGUUAUCCAUCAAAUCGUGGAUAUCGGAGUUAAUAGUUCAAUCAAAAUAUAAUCAUAGACAGAUCACAUUUGAAAAGGAUGUAAUCAAUAUUUACCCACAAGAACGAAUGAUCACCGAGUGUAAGGAUUAUAAUUUAGGCGCUGACUCGCAAAAUGUCCUACAAGACCAAAUGAACGAAGAACAAUCCUUAAAACAAAUACAGGAAUUACCAUCGCCACCCACAAAUAAACCAACAACAAUAUGCAAGCAAUCGGAGGACGAUUGUAUGAAAAUGACUCAAAUAAUGCCCAUGCUGUUUCUUAACACAACUGCAUCUAAGCUCGCUACCUGCACGUACUUGAAUUUAGCCUAUAUUUGGAAAAGCGUUGCGAAUGGACAACUAAAGAAAAUCGACCGAUAUUUAUACGGGAUGCAUCGAAUAUGGCAUUCCUACAACAUGAAAAUAAGUUUCGGUAUAACGGGCGAAAUGGAUCUGGAUAUUGAAUCAAUCAGUGCCUACACACCAUCAAUUAAUCUAUCAAAAGUUAAAACUCUUCAAAAUUUCCCCAAUCCUCUGAUCAUAUACAGAAUUGUCAGAUACGAACUAGAAAGCAACAUUUACCAAACCAUCGUAGUAAUACAUAAUAAUCCCAAUCUUGAAGCAUCCCCACGUAGAGUUUGCUCCAAGGAUGAAGAAGUAGGAGGAUGGGGUAAAAUAAAAAAUAAAUUGGACGAGCCGGGAUUAACUUACGCUUGCCCAGUAACUAACGAUUCUUUGCUGUACUUGGGAAUUGAUGAUCAUGAUGCGGUAUCACCUUCGGAUCCACUGGAAUUGAACGCAUUUCCUGAAUAUAGAAAUGGAAAAAUUGAGAAGGUCGAUAAAACCAAAUAUUUUGAAAAGCAAUUUAAAUAUAUGGCUGAGAAUUUGGGUAUUGUUGAUUGAAUUUAGAAUUUAGCGAGUAAAAUUUUAUUCACAGACCUUUUUCUUCUUCAAUGUAGGUAGAUUGUUACAUACCUACCUACUAAUUUUAUUAGAGUUUAAUAUUUUCAACUACGUAGUAUCAUUCGUAAUUCAUUUUUAAGCUGUAAAUUUUGUAAAUUAUUCCAUUCACCAUAAUUCAUA